UUGUGUAUACCGGAAUUUAUUCCCAUACUGUUACUCGGAAUAUACAAAUUUUCACCAACUGAAAUUUGCUAAAUUUUUCCGCUUACUUAUAAUUCUUCCCUUUUUGUGUUUUUAAAUUAUUCUCACUAUAUUCAGGAUAUUCCAUGUCCUGAAAAUCUCAAUUUCCAAGUAAAGACUUUUGUGGUUUUGUUUGCAGGUAAUUCUGAUACAAUUCCAGUGGGUGCUCACUUUUUCUCAGAAUGUCUGACAGUAAUGAAACUGACAAGAACAUUCAGAUCUGGCAAAUCAAAAAGCUUAUCAAGUCUCUUGAAGAUGCUCGUGGAAAUGGAACUAGCAUGAUAUCUUUGAUAAUGCCUCCUCGUGAUCAGGUAUCUCGAGUUACAAAGAUGCUUGGAGAUGAAUAUGGCACCGCCUCAAACAUUAAAAGUAGGGUAAAUCGCCAAUCCGUUUUAGGUGCAAUUACAUCUGCCCAGCAAAGGCUAAAGCUGUACAACAGAGUUCCUCCAAAUGGACUUGUACUGUACACUGGGACCAUCGUAACUGAUGAUGGGAAGGAGAAGAAGGUCACAAAAGACUUUGAGCCCUUUAGGCCCAUUAACUCCUCUCUUUAUCUUUGUGACAACAGAUUCCAUACUGAAGCUCUGAAUGAGCUUUUAGAGUCUGAUGACAAGUUUGGCUUUAUUGUUAUGGAUGGUAAUGGGACCCUUUUCGGGACAUUGAGUGGAAACACCAGAGAAGUUCUUCAUAAGUUCACUGUUGAUCUUCCCAAGAAACAUGGAAGGGGAGGGCAGUCAGCUCUUCGUUUUUCUCGUCUUCGAAUGGAGAAGCGGCACAACUAUGUAAGGAAGACAGCAGAGCUUGCCACACAGCAUUAUAUUAAUCCUGCCACCAGCCAGCCUAAUGUUGCAGGUUUAAUACUUGCUGGAUCUGCCGACUUCAAAACUGAGCUGAGUCAGUCUGAUAUGUUUGAUCCCCGUCUUCAGGCAAAAAUUUUGAAUGUUGUGGAUGUUUCUUAUGGUGGAGAAAAUGGUUUUACUCAAGCAAUUGAACUAUCAUCGGAGAUUCUUUCCAAUGUGAAGUUUAUACAGGAAAAGCGCUUGAUAAAUAAAUACUUUGGAGAAAUUAGUCAGGAUACUGGAAAGUAUGUGUUUGGUGUGGAAGAUACUCUAAAGGCUUUGGAGAUGGGUGCUGUUGAAAUUCUUAUUGUGUGGGAGAAUCUGGAUAUUAAUAGAUAUGUCCUUAAGCACAGCAUCACAAAUGAAAUAAUCAUUAAACACAUGAACAAAGUUCAAGAGGCUGAUCAAAGUAAUUUCCGUGAUGCAGCAGUCAAUGCUGAGCUAGAGGUUCAGGACAAGAUGCUACUGCUUGAAUGGUUUGCUGACAAAUAUAAGAACUUUGGUUGCACACUUGAGUUUGUUACAAACAAAUCACAAGAGGGAUCUCAGUUUUGCCGAGGUUUUGGAGGCAUUGGAGGAAUCCUUCGCUACCAGCUUGACAUGCGAACUUUUGACGAUCUUUCUGAUGAUGAAGUUUAUGAUGAUUCUGACUAGCAAUCAAUCAAUUAUUGUCAGGCCGGUGCAGGGACAGAGGGUCUGCACCAGGCCACAUGUUCUGGUGCUACUGCUGUUUCUGUGUAAUUCCAAGAUUUACGAAGAGUAUCAAGUUCGGAUGAUAUCUGGAUGGUAGUCUUAUUUAAGGCCAUAUCUGUGGGGAGCCUCGUGAUGCCCUUGUUCUCGUUCGUAUUGUUUUCAAGAACUUGAAGUUUAUCUGGAACGCAAACUUAUAAGCGCAUCUAUAUAAAGCAUAUUCCAGAUGGAAGCUAUCUUAUUGGAUGGGAAGUUUGGAUAGACUGCAAUUAGUUGUUUUUUUUAAUAAUAAUGUUGUGGCAUAAAACACAAGCACAACAUCAAAUUUCACAAGAUUCUACAUUCUAAAAGCCUCUUUUGGUUAUGCACUUAUUGAUUUGCAAAAGUUAUGGUAUCAGUUUAUAAGAAAAGCAUCAUCAACAAGGCCCUGAUUUUCCAGAGGGUGAUUAUGUCGGCACUUGUUUUGCUUGCUUAAAAUUAGCUGGUUGACUGGCCGGUCAAUGUAGAGUGGUUUCUGUUUAGUAACAUGACAUUUAUCUGCUGUUAUUUUAUUAGGCUUUCAUUGGUUUCUUGUCCUUUAAUAAGUAAUGGUCAGAUUGAUGUAUACAGAUCAUUAGAUAUAGGGUAUUAAAUGAUUGAUUUAUUAACGUCCAUGAUUG